AUGGAAUACCAACAUGUUAACGAAUCUAUGGGAGAAGAGACUCCAUUAUCAACUAUCAUGGCUUCACAAGAGCUACAGCCUCUUGAGUGUUUUGGGCUGGUCCGUCGACAAGAAGAGCUUGACAUACACGAUCUGGAUUUAUGGUGCGGGUUGUUGAGUAUUGUGUUUAAGAAGACAGAGUGGACAGAUUAUCUUAUCACACCGAGUGAUGAUACCAAUCUACAUCUGCACCAAUACUCUGUUUCCAAAAAGCAUCAUGCAUACAUUAUUUCUUGGGCUUAUCUCACGUAUGGCCCCGACCGCACCAGAAAAACCGACAUGCGUCUCUUUCAAAUGGUCAUUGAUAACUGGAAGAAAGUCACAUCUAAAAAGCUUCGUUGGAUUGUUAUCCGAGGUAUUUCCAACAAUGAGGCCAAAGAGUCGAUGUACAACGAGUUCUUAAGGCAAGGGGUGGUACUUGAGGGUAAUAAUUGCGUUGAGGUUAAUGCAACGCUGGAACAAAGCCUCUAUUGUGGGAACCCCUUUAUGAAAUGCUUGUUUAAGCUAGCCGAUGGACUCCAUACGACGGUCAGCAAUAUAAGAGCAGAAGCUCUUCUCAGGGCUAACUCAAUGCUGUAUAUGGAACAUUGUGCUUGGGUGGUAGUUUCUGCCAUUGGAAGUCUUGAAGAUGAGCAAAUGGGUAUUGCGACAUGUUUUCGGGGUAGCCAACCGGAAUUACCUCAGAGAGUACUUCGCAUCAAUAGACUUCGCGACUAA